UUAUCGGCGACAUGUUACCAAACAAUGACAACAGCAUAUAUAAGGCGGGACUCAAUUAGAGUCUCUCGUUUUAUGGCUGUGCGUUGACAUGCUAAUCUGAUCGAUGACUCGAAUCGCAACUGGUGAAACGCGAAGCGAUAACGUUUGUCUAGACUCAUGAUCAUGUCGUCCGCGUCGAGGGGUAAGUUUUAUUCCUAUCAGGAGAAAAAUCAACCUUCGCUCAUCCAAAAGCAGUCCCCAUCAUGAACACCAAUACUGAUAUCAUAUCUAGCUUACCAACUGAGGUCCUAUGCAAUACCUUCUUCCACUCUCUCCCCCACACUGGCCACUUGUUGCCCAGAUCACAAUCAUCUCCUAUGUUGCUCUCUAGAAUAUGCCCUUGUUGUGGUGCAAAUUGUCUAUAAGACUCAACAAUACAAACAUGCAGCAAUUGGUCU